AUGGCGACCAUCAAGUCGAGCAUACCAAGGCCGGACCCGAAAGCACGAUCGCCAGUGCCGUACGCACGUCGCCGACGUAACAGCGCGCCCUCGACACCGGCGACUCCGCAUUCCUAUCUCCCAGUACCUUCGGCCACAGCAUCUUGUACAGCUUCGAGAUCACCACGAGACAGCGGGAUUGCGUUCGUGUUGAACCGCCCUCAGACGCCGCCGUCGGCUCUGCCAAUCAGGCUAGAAGCACGAACAUCACGGCUGGCAUGUGUAAGCAGAGUCCUCCUUACGCCAUCAUCUGUCGCAUCUCAGACGAGCCACGCGGAGAAGGAAUUGUCGCCAUCCGCCAGAAAGCUACAAACCCUCACUCCUCGCAGCUCUCCGUACAUGAGCCCGCACAUAUCAGACCCAUGUACAACCGGCUCUCUCGUUCAUCAUCUACAUCCUUGUGGACACAAAGUGAUCACCAGAUCGCCCGUCCCAUGCGCCAGCAAUUGCCUACGAGAAUACAAUGAGAAGACGUUGCGUUGGGCCAAUGCUGUCAUUACGAAGGAAGGAUUCGUAUGCGCCGCGUGCGUGCAAACUCAUAUCCAAGAGCAUCGAAGUGCACAGCUACGAGACCUGAAAGACCGCUUUGCACGGACCGAAGCAAGAAUGGGGCCUUUGGACCGCGAAUGGCUGAAGCAGCAGAUUGCAUAUGGCCGACGAGUGCUGGAAAACGACAUCGAAAAGGAAGUAAAAGAGUUUGGGAAGCUAGGUAGACCGUGUUCCAUGAUACCAGGCGAGCCGCUUAUUGUGACAGAGAAGGACCCGAUCAGAAAGCUCAAUACCGUGACGAGGCCUCGGUCUUCUCGUCCGUCACCAAAAGGUGAUCGCGUACCUGGCACCGCGGUCCCCAAGUCGCUGCUGUAUAUGCCUAGGACUAGGAGUGGUGCUGCUCUACAUGGAGGACGUCCGGGCUGAAAGAUGCGUUCAAGGCAGUCAGAAUAUAGAGCAGCGAGGGAUGAGGAAAGUGAGCAGGAGGGUAUGGAGACACCUUUUGGAGACGACUGCUUGAACACUGGUGUACAGUGGGGUGUACUGUGCUGUAUGGCAUGAAUAUGAUCGAUAAUCCAUGUGCGACUUGAAUAG